CCCCGGUCAAAGAUCUGGGGAAAUUGCAGAUGUCUGGGCUUUCUUCUACCGAACUCCGCAUUACGCGGGUUCGUCACCGCUCCCCCGCGUACAGGGCGGGAGAGGGGGAAGCUCCUACUAUCUACGAUCCGGUCCAUUUCAUAGGCGGCCAUUCUUCGUCCGUCUCUGCAUCGGUCGAGCUUCCCCCGCACCUCCCGAUUCUAGUGUCCCGGAUGAAAGGACCUACGGCCCAUCAUGACGCAAGGAUACGAAGCUAUGGGGCAGAGCUAUAUGAACAUCGGUCCCCAGAUAAUGAACCUGUCUAGUGGUAAUCGUUCGUCCUGGUUCCCGCUGCUCUUACUGGCGUUUCCAAAGUGUUUCUCCAGCUGAGCGUUUUCGUCCUUCGAGUCUCUUACCGCCGCGAUGCUCCCCCUCCUCGUCGCAGCCCUGGCCUCGGUGGCUACAGCCUCCCAAUGCGGCCUCAAAAAGUUUGAGAACCUGGUGGCUUUCGGCGACAGUUACACCGACGAAGGCCGGCUCUCGUACUUUAUCAACAACAACGGCACCGCCCCUCCGGCCGGCACUCUGCUGCCGCCGAGCAACUCGACCGCGAGCGGCGGCUACGCCUGGGGCCGGAUCGCCGCUAACUCGACGGGAGCAAAGUACUACGGCUACGCCGUCAGCGGCGCCACCUGCUCCAACAAGAUCAUAUCGCGCGACUUUGCCGCCAUCAAGCAGCCGUUCCCCUCGGUGCUCGACUACGAGAUCCCGGCGUACAAGGCCGACACGGCCUUUGAGGCGCUCUACCCGAACCGGAAGGCGGACAACACGGUCUACGCGCUCUGGAUCGGCACAAACGACCUGGGCUACGGCGCGUUCCUCACGGACACCAACGCCGCGGGCACGACCAUCUCCAGCUACGUGGACUGCAUCUGGGAGGUUUUCGACAACAUCUACGAGACGGGCGGGCGCCACUUUGUCCUCUUGAAUAUCGCGCCGCUGGAGGAAUCGCCGCUGUACGCCGCGUACGCCGCGACGGGACCGGGGAAAAGCGGCUUCGGGGACAGUCAGUUCUGGACCAACAAGACGGCGUACAAUACGACGGAGACGCAGUUCAAGAUGCUCGAGUACAGCACGAGCGUCAACACCAUGUUUGAGUAUGGCGCGCCGUUCCAUCUGCUCGUCAAGAAGCGCUGGCCCGGGGCGAGCUUUUCAAUCUUUGAUGUCCACUCUCUGCUGCGGGACGUCCAUGAUGACCCGUCGAGGUACCUGUCGUCGCCUGCGAACGUGACGGCGCCGUACCGGACGUGCGAUGCGGUGACGAGGGCUUGUGUGAACUCGCCGGAGGCCAUGUCGAGCUUUUUGUGGUAUGACGAGUUGCAUCCUUCGGAACGUGCAGACGAGAUUAUAGCACAGAACUUUAUCGACGUUGUGUACGGCAACUCGUCGUAUGGCACUACAUAUACGCCAUAAGGGCCUUGUAUCCGGUCAACUAGUCUUGGAUAGGGUUCCCUCUCGAGUAAGCCCAUGGGUUGCAAUAAAUAUCCGAGGCUAGAAUCACUGAAAAAUGGCGUGAAGCGUUUAUGAUGUGCGUCUUGAGGGAACAAGAGCCGGUGUGUAAUGGUAGGAAAUAUGCGGAGUACAAGGGAGUCGAACAAUUAAAGCAAGCCCCAUCCAUCCGUCCUGGUCCUUGACCUGGUAUCAGGGCGUCUACGUAGCUUUCGAUGAAAUACCUAAGGUAUGCCAGACCAUGUUAGGUGCUCCAUCUACGACCAAGGCCUCUCUCGGCAUAUGCCACUCAGAUGGACUCAUCAAAAGCUGCCAUUCCACAUCGCUGCAAGCCAUCUGCUACGCUUCCGUACUCACUUGCGAUUGUGGUAUUCCGUACUCCGUGAUCUCUCCGUAGAGGAUGUCUUCAACUUGUCAAUAAC